GGCGUUUCCAUUCUUAAACCGGCGAGACUGUGUACGCAUAAGCACGACAGACGCGAGCACGGCAACUUCCCUGGACCAAAACCGCUCUCACACAUCGUGUCUGCCUUCUUCUGCAAUUUGUUAAUUUGAGAUAUCCGAAAUCCACACUGUCUACAGUGACGCUGUUUUUUUGUUGCGCUAAAUUAAGUGAUAUUUGGACGGAUUGGACUAUUAUACGGGGUCGUUUAAAGACUACAUCGCCAGUUAUAGAAAAUAACUGGAUAAAAUUAACAGGAGAGCUGCCUCCAUCACCGCUUAGAACACGCGAGCAUCACCAUAACCAACGGCUGACUCAUUCUCUUCGUCCAGAACCAUGUCCGAGUACAGUUCCCUGCUGAGCGACCUGUCCGAGAACAUCACCAAUGAGGACCUGGAGCAGCUGAAGUCAGCAUGCAAAGAGGACAUCACUGAGGACCAGAGCAACACCAUCACCUCCUCCCGAGAGUGGUUCAGCUACCUGGAGAAGAAUGACAAACUGGCACAGGAUAACCUGUCCUACAUUGAGCACAUCUUUGAGAUCUCACGGCGGCCCGACCUCCUGACCCGCGUCAUCGAGUACCGCACGACCGUCCUCAAGAUCUCAGAGGACGACGAGAUCGACACCAAACUCACACGCAUCCCCUCUGCUAAGAAAUACAAGGAUAUCAUCCGCCAGCCGUCUGAGGAUGAGAUCAUCAAGCUGGCCCCUCCUCCAAAGAAAGCGUGAGGUCAAAGGCAGUGACCUUUGAACUUCACCCUUGGCACGCCACUUCGCCCAAUCAUCUACAGCCCCCCC